UGAACUGAUACAGGGAGACUGAACAAAAUAGAAAAAAGAUUUAAAAAAAAAAAGAAAGAAAGAAAAAAAAAAAAAAAAAACUCGCUCAGAUCUCCUAUCAAAGUCAAAUUUAAAAUUGACGACUAAGAAGCUAACAAACAGCGAAAGAGCUUUACAGAGAGAAGAGAUGCUGCCAAUUUCAGGUUCUAAAGGGCGCUCUUCGUCCGCCACGUCACGAUCAAACUCCAUGCUCCCUCAGUACCUCCGUCGAAUCAUCAAGUGGCAACAAAUGGAUGUUGAAUAUACUUUCUGGCAAAUGCUUCAUCUUUGCACUUCACCAAAAGUUGUCUAUCAGCACACCAAGUAUCAUAAACAAACUAAGAAUCAAUGGGCUCGAGACGAUCCUGCCUUUGUUGUAAUCUGCAGCCUCCUUUUGUUAGUUGCAACCAUGGCAUAUUGUGCUGCGUACGACCACAGUGCCACACAUGCUGUUUUUGUUGUAAUUUCAGUUUUGCUUUUCCAUUUUCUGAUUAUGGGAGCAGUUCUAGCCACUUGUUGUUGGUUCCUGACAAAUUCUUAUCUUCGGGAAGAGUCUCCAAACAGUCAUGUGGUUGAGCAACGAGUUGAAUGGCUGUAUGCAUUCGAUGUGCACUGCAAUUCUUUCUUCCCAUUGUUUGUUAUGCUUUAUGUUAUACAUUAUUUUCUGUCACCCCUAUUGGUAGCUCAUGGUUUCAUUCCUGUAUUACUGUCAAAUCUGCUUUUCAUGGUGGCUGCUUGUUACUAUCAUUAUCUCAACUUCUUAGGUUAUGAUGUAUUGCCAUUUCUGGAGAGGACCACGUUUUUCCUAUAUCCAAUCGGUGUUUUUAUCGUCCUUUCUCCAAUUCUGAUUUUAAGUGGCUUCAAUCCUUCGAGAUACUUUAUGAAUAUGUACUUUAGUCAGAGGUUAUGAUUCCUAAGGAUUAACACUUCGGAUAGCACAUAAUGAGGUGGUGAAAAAUUUGAGGACUGCAUCAACACUAGAUGGCUUGAUGGUUCAUAUACAUAUAGAAGGGAAGGCAGGGCACUAUCACAAUAUGGUAUUAUUCUUGCCUUUUGUAGUCCCGCUGACAGUGAAUGGAAGAUCAGAACCAAUUGAGCUCAGGGUAAAGUGAUUUUUCAGUGAUCAACAUAAAAUUUGAUCAAAUGGAUUAGUAGAAUGUAAUGAUUUUGACCCAUGCCAUUUUCAUCAAUACAUCAUGUUGUCUUCCUGGAAAAUCAGUACAGAUUUUUAUUUUUUAUUUAUUUUUUAUUAAUUUCCCUCCCAUGUCUGGAAGUUACAUGUAUUGGCUAAAUCUUGGAAUUUGUGGGGUUGCAUGUGCGGAAUGUAUCAAUUUUUCGGUGUGAUGAACAGUUGAUUCCUGGAAAAUUAGGAUUUGCCUGUA